AUGGAGUUGCCUCCUCCGGGGAACCGGAGGGUUUCCAUCAAUAACCCUCAAGAGACAUCUGGCAGGGUUCCCACCACCCCAGCCGUUUAUCCCAGCCAGCCAUCUAAGAUCUCUUCCAUCUCCUCGAAGCGCUCCGCCUAUUCUUACGCCUACAGGCCUUCCAUCAUGAGCAACCGCAGCUCGGGGGCCCAGUCCCUGCUGCCGAACCCCAUUCUCCAGAAGACCUCCCUCAACGCCCCAGGUGCCCUGCAGAGCAAAGCGUCCAACGUCUCUUCAGUCCGCUAUGCUGAUGAAGAAGGCAAGCCACUCACGGACCAGGACAAGGACAAAGACAAGGGCAAGGGCAAGGGUAAAGGCACAGGAACUCGGCUGCUGAGCAUGCUAAGGAAAACUCUUCAAGGGUCUCAGAGUGACGAAAUGGUAGUAGCAAAUCAAACACAGAAUUUGAUACCAUUUGGAGAUGUGGUGGGCUGUCUGGCGAUUCACAUAAAGAGCUGCAGACAGUUUGCUCAGAGGUUCGUUGGCCAACAGUAUUUUAAUCUGUUCAUACGUGUCUCCAUAAACCACAUUGUGAAAUGUACAAAACCUCGCCACUUGAAAGCUGUUAAUAAUGAAAAGAACCUUGUACUCAAGUUUGACGAGGUGAAGUAUUUUUCUGUACAGGUUCCUAGACGUCAAGAUGAUGAGCGGAAUUAUAUUUACUUGGAACUAAUGCAAGACGGAGGAGAUUCAGAAAAGCCUCCUUUUCCUUUAGGCAGUGCGGAGUCACAUCUGUAUGAAGUAAUACAGAAAGGCUGCUUUACCGAAAUAAUGCAAUUGAUGCGUAGAAACUCCGCUGUCUGCAGGGUGGAAGUGGAAUUUAUGUUCUCCUAUGGAAGCUUUGGUUAUGGAUUUUCACAUCAGUUAAAACCUCUUCAGAAAGUCACUGAACCAUCUAUGUUUAUGAAUAUUGCACCUCCUCCAGAGAGAACAGACCCUGCCACAAAUGUUAUUACCCCGCAACGAGUAGAAUACCCGGCAUUCUUAUCCCCAGAAUUUAAUGUUAACAUUGGGGUUCCUGAAACCAGCCAGGCGGCUGUGGUGCAACUUGAAAAACUCCGUGAGAAGCCCCGGGAAAGGUUGGAAAGAAUGAAAGAGGAGUAUAAAAAUAUGAAUACAUGGAUAGAAAAAGCUGAUUAUUUAAGAAACCUUAUUAAUCCAAAAAUGGUAAAAAGAGAGCCUAAGGGAAGUAAAGAGCCGACUGAAUCAAAUUCUAGUAUAUUAGAAGAGCUUGAAAGAACAGCAUAUGAUAUUCAUCACAGAAAAUCUGAAGCGAUUUCAAAUGAGUAUGGUGAUAAGGAAGGCCGGGUCAUACCAGUUUUAAAGCUGUUGGAUCAAAAUUAUUCAGAGUCAUCUCUAACUAAAAGUGGUGAAUCCACGCCGCCGGAAGAUGUUCUGCUGCCUCCUAUUCACAGCCUGCAGAUAAUAGAAGAGGACGAAAUGCCACGUUUACAAAAGACUGCCGAACCAGAAGACAAACCACGCGAAGAGAGGAAAAGUAUAGUAUUUUCAUCGGAUGAAGAGCUAAUGCCCAAACAUCCAAGCAUUUUAAAAAUAUCCUCAUCUCUACAAGAGGUAAAGUUGAGACAUUUACCCAUAAAUCCUGAGAGAAUAAGGAGGAGGAAUUUAGGUUUCUCUCCAACAGAAUGA